UACUGCUGAGUACUCCUAAAGGCACUGACAAUGGCCGUGAAUAGCACUUUCACGCCGAAGGCGUCCCUGACAGAGGCACCUACCAACCUGAAGGAGGCCAUUGACUGGGUCCUCAGGGUGACUGGUAGGGAUGGAAAGGCACUGGAAAAGGACAAGGGAGAAUGUAUAUGUGGCCUGGCGGCGGCAGUGACUGACCUCCUGCAGUCAGUAGAACUGGAGUACAAUGGCUAUCAAGGUGAACCCAAAGACAAAGGCGCCACCCAGGAUGACGUGACAAAACACCUCAAUGGACUAUUCUCUCUGGUACAGGGACUAGGUGGUACUGCAGUGGUCCGGACUUAUAUAGACCAGCUGGCACAGGUACUCAGUGCACUCGUUGGGUGGAGUAAGAUAGAGAAGUGUGGUAAUGGUAGUAAUGGCAAGUGCCAGAAGGAUAACAAGAAACAUCAUGGCCUUGAUGGCUGCGCGUAUCUUAAUGAUAUAAAGCCGGAGAACAAGUGUGAGACGUGUGGGUGUAUGAAAUGGGAUGUGUCCGAUGCAGACCGAGAAGAGAAAGGACACCACCUAGGCAGAAGGUGUACAAGGUGUAGUGAUAGCGGUGGUAAGAGGCAUACAUGUAGCUGUGGUCCUGGUGAUGGUACCUGUCAGGGUCCUGACAGUUGCAAAUGCGCUUUAGCAGGCAAAUGCUGCAAGUGUUGUUGUAAGGGGAAGGGAUGUGGAUGUAGCGAUAAGUGUAGCUGUUACAAAGAGGACGGCUCUUACUGUCGUAUAUACCAUGACUCGUAUCAGUCAGCAUAUACAGCAUCUAAUGACCCGUACAUCGAGAAACACUACAUGACAACUACGUGGAAUGCGCUGGAUAGAUACACUGGUACAUUCCGUGACAUUAGUACUACUUCCUCCCAACGCCGCCACCAAUGUGCCCAAAUCCUACUAGGCUCAGUAUGUCUCAUCUGGAGUGGAGUGACUUACAUGCAUUGGACUGGAAAGUAUGCCAAAGGUAGCCCAUACUGGAACAAUCAUAUCCUGGAUGGUAGUGGUCUAGAUGAUGGAACACUAUCCCAAUGGCUUCAGGCCCUAGGGUUCCCUAGGGAUAUGCUUAAUAACGCUGCUCCAAAGAAUAGACUUGACAAGGUUAUAUGGGAUGGACUUAGGGAUAAGUUUUUCUUGGGAUUCCUGGAGCCUAGUGGCCUCAAUGAUGGUGGUAAAGUUAAUGACAUCAAUGGUAAUACAGCUAGAAGUCCUUUCGGCAUGAAUUAUGCCGGCUUUGUACAUACUGCACAUAGGGAUUCAUUCAACAAUGAAGCUACUGUAUUCACGAAUGGCAGCGGCUCUAGUAUUACUGAGACGAACCAGCACAAAAACGGAGCCAUAUUCAAGCUCUAUAUUCUAUCAUGUGCCUACUUCACAGGGUUACAAAAGAAAGCUAUUCCCACUACCACUAAGACUCCCAAGACCAUCAGGGAGAUCCUAUACUGGCUAAGUGCAUUGCCCUAUAGUCAGGCAUAUAAGGAGAUGCUCACCUAUGCCAAAAACAAACUAAAAGAUGUUACCAAAAAACCCGGAGACACUGAAUCUAGCAGUGCAAAAGAGACACAACUCAAAUUCCAUCAAACAGGCCUCACACAUCCCUUUACAGUUGAUGAAUACAACCUGUUUGCCCACUUCCAAGCAGUGACUCAGUACUGCCCACUGGUCCUCAUAGGUAUCCAGGGUGGAAUACACAGUACUAAAGACACUAAAGAUCCUGCCAUUCACUCCUUAUACUCCAACACGGAGUGUAAAUUCACCUACCCAGCAGUACCCAUCCAAGCAUACAACCAGGUGGUACACUACAUUAGGGCUUUGUUCUACCAGUUGUACUUCCUUAGGAAACAGUGUGCAGUUAAAGUGGCCCUGGGAGGGAAGUGGAGAGAGUGUAGGUAUGGCAGUGGAGUGCUUGGGAAUGGGGUAAUUAGCUGGAUGUGCCUGGGGUGUGACCCCAUGGAACAUGAUAGGAAAUGUAGGGUAAAGGAGAUGGGGAAGGGGUUGGAUGGGGUAGUCAAGAAGCUGGAGAAUGUAAAGGUAACGGAAGGGAUUAAAGCAGAUGGGAUCGAGAAGGCCAAAGCAUUACUCGUGGCCAUAGGGAAUGUAGUGGUACAAUUGGGUAAUGCCCAGGAGGCAUUGGAAGGGAAGAAGACAGAUGAGAUUAACAAGGUGAAGACGAAACUAACGGAGGCUAAGGGAAAGCUAGAUGGGGCUAAGGGGGGACUAGAUAGGGUGAAUGGGAAUGGGCUGGAUGAGGAGAAACUAAAGGAGGCUAAGGCGAAACUAGUGGAGCUGACGAAUGGUAGUGGUAGAAAUGGAAUACUAGGGGAGGUAUGUAAUAAACUAGGCGGCGAUGUUGAUCCCGCCAAGAACGAGGUAUCAAAGGCUAUCAAUGGAGUACUGGAAGCAGUGAAACUAUUGAAGGAGUGGGCACAACAGGAGGGAACGGACGUGAAAUGCCAUCUGAAAGACCCCUAUAAUGACUUUCUCAAUGCCAUCGACCAGCUCAUCUCCAUCUGCAACUCUCCCAAGUGCAGCGCAUGUGACCAACACUCCGCCAAGUGUGGCAAACCGCCAGUUCCCAGACAGUGCCCUACGUGCCACCAACAAUACAUGGACGGCUUCCCCUCCGCCCUCCAGGCAUUCCUGGAGGACCGGUUACCAGGAUUUAGUUGUCAAAAGGUGCUGAACGAUGAGAAGGAAAACCCAAAUUACCCACCCGCUGCAUCCCACUUGGGACACUGUAAUGGUUCCGGUCAGUGCUGCCCAUUGCCAAUGGGUUUUAGAGGUCAAUUCCACAAGGGAGGCACUAGUGACAUGACUGGCUCAAGACUCUAUGGCAUCCUCUACUUCUUUAGUAACGAGAACAUGAUGCAGUCGUGUGUUUAUACACUAGUGAGGGUCACAGCAGCACUCAGUGCCACGACACCACAGGUACUGGGUGAUGUAUUCGGGUUCUUUAGGGGUGGUAUCGGAGAGAAGGAAAGUGGGAAGACUAAGAAUGGAGAGACAAACAAGGCGUGCGAGCACAAUAAGGACCCAUCUAAGAAAGGAGAUGAAGAUUACUUUUGCGGCUGGUGUGCUUCUGGGUUACGGGAUGAAGUAAAGAAGAUAGAGUGGAUUCCAAAGGGAGGAGACAGUGAUAAAGGAGGGAAGUAUAGAGGAAGUGUAGGACAAGCACUGAUACAGAUUAAAGGCGACAAGGAUAGUGCUCAACAGCCACCUCCACAGUCCAAUAAUACAUCCCUCUCACGACUCACACAGAACUGCCAAUACCUUUCCCCCCUAACCGGUGAACUCUAUACAGCAGUGAGUGCCACGUUCGGUGGAACAUACCUCUCAUGGGUACUCUAUCUAUCAGAUGCACUUCAUUCAGGACUAGAGUCACUCUCUGACGCAUUCAAGCAGAUUGAAUGCCGUGGCUGCAAAGGACAAUGUGAUCCCAAUAAGUGCAGGAAGGGUGAGCACGGACAAGGUAGUGGACAGUGUGGAUGCCAAUCAAUCGUAUCAUGUACCGGGGUACUACCGGUAUUGUAUAGACAUGGCUUCAGCUACGGUAACCCAUUCAACCUGGAGGGGUAUGAACAGAAAGGGGAGGAGAAGGGAGAUUAUAGCAUAGAGAACACGAAGACUACUAAGCGGUGUCACGAGUUCUUGGACAGUCUUAGUGCAGUGAUCCAGAACAAGCAGGACCAGGACCAACACCCCCUCACAGAACUCCUCACCCAAGUCGGCCAGCUCCAAUACGACAUACGUCUGCCCUGGAUCUUUGUAUUGGCAGUGGCCUGGCUAGUAGCGGUACUCUACCUGGCCUUUGGUGCCAUAUUGCCACUGGACUGGACGCAUAUGAGGUCGCAUUGGUUACGGGGUGGAGAACACCAGUGGCAGUGUAUGUGGUAUAAGGUGAUGACGGGACGCAAAGGAAUGGAAUUGGUGGAGUAUUUUGAAAGGAGGUAGUGACGACGUAGUGGCGCCUUCGGCGCAACGGUGCUAUAAUGUGGUAGUUAGUAUCUAGGG